AUGACUUAUAAGGACAAGGAUGGAAAUGUUAGGCUGCUACCUGGGUACAAGUUUGAUCCAACUGAUGAGGUUCUUGUGGGUUAUUACUUGAAGAGGAGGGUCUUUGCUCAACCUCUUCCUUUUCAAAUCAUCCAAGAUUUUGAUCUGUUUCAGACUGAGCCAUGGGGUCUGCCAGGAGGAGUGAUAAAUGGAAAAAAAUUCAAUGGGCGCAAGUGCUUCUUCUACAACACUAUGGGUCGUGACCUUGAAAAUUUUGAUGUUAGAGUUGUUGGAAGUGGCGAGUGGAGAGUUAUGGAGAAAGAAAAAGAUGUUCACAUCCCUCAAAACAAUCAGGUGGUUGGGAAGAGAAACACCUUAAAUUUCUGGGAAGUGCAAGGAAUAUGUGCUAAGAGGACCAAAUGGGUGAUGCAUGAGUUCCUCCUUGCGUUAAUAGCUAACCCAACUAAGAGUAAGAAUGAAAAGAAGUUGAAUAGCACUAAAGAGUCUAAUGCCGAAAGUUUCAACGGUGGUAAAAAUAAUGGAAGUGCUGAAGUCAAAGAUCUAUUGAAGUAA